GUUCAGUUAUUGCGAUCUAUGGGCUCUAUUGAGAUUGAGGGAAUUAAGGCGGAGAGUGGAGCCGCCGCCACCGGUACCGUUUGCAACGGCAGUGCGAUGGUCACUACGUCGCCGGCGACGGAAAUAGACCUACCGUCGGCGGCUUCUUUAGGAAUCGAUGAGGCGGCGUCGAAAAAGGUCAAGACGGUUGGUUUGCCGUUGGAAGUGGGAACGCGUGUGAUGUGCAGAUGGAGGGACCAAAAUCUCCACCCGGUCAAGGUCAUCGAGCGCCGUAAGCUUUCUUCCGGCGGUACCAAUGACUACGAGUAUUAUGUCCACUACACAGAAUUUAAUAGACGGCUCGAUGAAUGGGUUAAAUCUUGAAACAGCUUGAUCUUUAAGACUGGAGC